GUAUAAAUAAAGAACCACCGAGGGCUUCGGUCCCUUUUGGUGGUUGAUCUGCAGCACAGACACGACAUUGUGGCAACGAGGAAAAAAGAAAAAUUAGUGCGCGUGUGAGUUAUGGCGGUUAGUGCAGCGAGUGCUACGGCUUCCGGACGUUCUGGAUGGGUGGGCACAAUUGAAGCCUUCGUACCAGGCGAAGAAGGAGAUUUUGAGAUAUACUUGAAGAGAAUGGAACAUUAUUUCAAGUUAAACAAAGUCACCACGGAUGAGGAAAAGGUAUCCGCCCUCAUCACGUUGGCAGGGGAAUAUUGCGUUAAAAAAUUGUUGGGUGCUGUGCAUCCAGACGCAAUUGAAAGUAAGACCUAUAAGGAGUGCACAGAUAUCCUGAAGACGAAACUCGCCCCGAAAAAUAAUGUGGUUGCAGAAAGAUUCAAAUUUUUCGAGAGGCGCCAACACGAAGAGGAAUCCAUCAGUGAGUUCGUCUCUGAAAUACAAACCCUGGCACGAAAAUGCAACUUCCAGGAGUACAAGAAGGAGGCACUGCGUGACCGGAUUAUCUGUGGAGUGAGGUCGACAAGAAUUCGGCAGAGAUUAUUGGAUGAAGCAAAACCGCUGGACGAAACUCUCAACAUCGCUCUUUCUAUGGAGUUAGCUGAAGAGAACAUCAAGAUGAUGAACCCCAGACAAGUGGGAAAAAUGCAUGGCUCAAAAAUUGGCGCCAAGAGAAGUCACAGUGGUAGCAGAAGCGAUAAGCGAGAGAACAACAGACAAAAGAGGAGCGGAUCACCCAUCAGAUGCUUCCGAUGCGGAAAGUGGACAGACCACAUCGCAGUAAAUUGCCCAGAGAGAAAAAAGAGCUUCAACCAGAAGUUCAAUCGUACUGAUGAGAGGGACAAAGGCAAACAGCGGAAGAAGCAGUUGAAUGCAGUGGUGGAUACAGAGAGUGAUAUCAGCUCGAAUGAUGAUGAGGAUGAUCGCAUGAGUUAUCGUCUACACACUAUGAAAUUGGCGGUGCUAAAAAAAUCAUCUUUCGCAUCGGAGAAGGACAAUGAAGUCAACGGAGUUGAGGAGGAGGUGGUAGAACGCGAAAGUGAUUGCGAGAGCGUAAGAGAUGGUGAAACCGUGAGUAUGGUACCCCAUAGCCCUGAAAGAGAAGACCCAGUAAUUAUUAAAGUGGGCAUUGGUAAAUGUACACUGAGAAUGGAGGUUGAUUCGGGAGCUUGUGUGUCGGUGAUACACGUAAAACAAUAUCGUGAUUAUCUUCGUGAAUUUACACUAAGGAAUUGUGAAAUGAAUUUGCGUGUAGUUACGGGAGAAUCAGUAGAGAUUUUGGGGAAAAUUACUGUGCCAGUUUCAAUAAAAAAUGAAGGGGAAUGGAAAGAGAUGGGAAAACUCGAUUUGGUUGUCGUGAAUUCAGGUAAAUCUUUUUUGCCUCUAUGCGGGAGAAACUGGAUUUCAGUAUUGUUUCCGCGGUGGAGAUCACUGUUUGGGGCGGAAAAGGGGAACACGGCGAUGAACCAAAUGUGUGUAAAAACGGAGGUCACAUUGGGGAGUGAUAAGAGUUUAAUAGAGAAAUAUGGGGAUGUAUUUGAUGUGCAAGACACAUCACCGAUAAAAAAAUUCUCCGCUAGUAUUGUGCUGAAACCCGAUGCAAGACCAGUUUUUCACAAGGCAUACACAGUGCCUUUUGGAAUUCGUGGAGAAGUGGAGAAAGAAUUAGACAGACAGGUAGAGAAAGGGUUUUUAAUUCCUGUGAGUUCGUCGCGUUGGGCAUCACCCAUAGUGGUUGUGCGUAAAAAAGAUGGAACGAUACGCAUGUGCAUGGACGCCAAGUCGACAAUUAAUCGAUAUAAUCAUACCCCUUCGACGGUCACAAACCAAUCUCCGAUGACGACAAUGUUAAGCUAUGUACCACGGACUUCUCUUACCAUAACGACGGCAUGCGCGAAAUUGAGAAAAGAUGACUUGAAGCCGGGGGAGAAAAUAUAUUAUUUCUUCAACCACGAUUGGAUUCCCGGAAAAGUGCUAGAGAAGCAGUCAAGGGUGGUGUACAUCAUACAAAUCGGGAACGCUCGCAUUAAGGUCCAUAGAGACCAGAUAAAACCGCGGCAGAGUAGCUUCAUAGAGCUGGAGGACAGCAGUGACCAAGACAGCAGCGAUUCAGAGGAGUAUCUGAGUCCUCCGGAGUCCCCCAUGCCAACCCCGAAGGCGCCACCAAAGCCACCGAUGAAAAGUGAAGAAACUCCAAGGCGGAGCCGUCGUUUGUUAUCAAAAAAAAGGUUAAAUUAUAAGAUGUAAAUUUAGAAUACAUAGAGGGAGGAAAAUGUGAUGUAAUCUCCCGUUAGUUGGGUAUAAAUAAAGAACC